AGCUGACAGCUGUCAAAUAGCGCGCGUCCCAAAUAGGAGCGAGAGCGAAUUUUUACUGCUGCCGCCAGCUGAAGCCGUUUACAAUUUGCCACUCGGUGUUGCUUUAUAUACUGGCGCUGCUCUCUUCCUGAAAAUUCAUUAAAUUCCUUAGAAAAAAUUGGAAAAAAGUGAAAAUUUUUAGGGAAUAUAGUAUUUUCUUUACCGUUCCUUUAGUGUCGGGGGAAAAAAUUGCGUGUUCGUAUAAUAUUACCGUGUUAAUUGUGCUAAAAUAAAAGACAACGCGUGGCUGAACAGCUUUGGUUAUGUGCAUCGACAGUAUUACUAUUUGCAACCUGUCCUUUUCAGUGGGUUAUAUGUGAUCUCCUGAAGUCAGUAUAAUUGGGAAAGGCAGAUAAAUGUAUUCGCCAGCUUAAACUAAAUUCAAAAAAAGAUUCACUUAAAAAUCUGGUCUGAAAAAGUAGAUUACCUGCUAUCAACGGCUCUACCCAUUGAUACAUAUAAAAAUUUGUAAAAAUAUAACUAGGAUGGAGAACGAUCAUAGUUAUCGCAAAUUAUCAAGCAAAAGUCCUAAUAACAGUGAACAAAAUUCAAGUAAAAAAAUAAAUAGCGGUCGCAAGAAUUAUAAAAUGAACAAUGCCUCAAAGUAUCGCCAAAGUCGAUUUUUUAAUGACGUACUGAAUCGUAGGAAAGCUAUGGCAUCUGACAGCAAUAAUGGCAAUCCUGAUAGAAACUACAAUACGCUUAAUCAUGUUUCAUCCUCUGGGUUGUCACAGUCAACUACUUUGGAUUCUCCUCAAUGCUCUACAUACAUAUCAGAGAAAACCAUCGAAGUUAAGGACACUAUGGUUACAAGUUCUUCAGCUGCAAUUGAGCCAGAAACAUCACCAUCUUCAUCAUCCAUCGACUCGGUACUAUUACGGGGAUGGUCUCCAGGGCCAAUUACUUCGACUGACACUACACAUUUGCUUGUUAAAGUAAACAAUAGAAACGUUGCCAUAAAACGUAAAAGGGAAAUUUCAAAUGACGUAGCUCAAGAUGAUCCAGAUCUUGGCUCCGAGCCACCGUCGGCAAAGCGCAAACAGCAAAUAGGACCGUCGCCAUAUAAGAGUGAUAUCAGCUCACUGUCAUCAUCCGUUUAUCCUUCGCCACUAAAUACGUUUGAUGAUGAAAUUGACACGCGUAGUUCAUGUGAUUACCUUUCGGUAGGUACCGAUUUUGAGGUAAACGCUGAUUGUAUACCCGAUAGCCCGAAUAGUUUACAUCCAGACGAUGAUGCUGUCGAAGAAGACGAUGAAGAAAUUUCAGCGACGACAUCACCAUCAUCGACAUACUCACUGGAUAGCUCUAAAGAAUUCCAUCACGUGUAUGGGAACCGAGUCGCCGACCGAAUGGGUGAACGCACCCCUGGUGAGGAAAUAGAAAAUACCAAUAUCAGUAAGAAGCCGCCAACAAAUGACAGCACAAAGAUGGAUAAAGUGUUCGAGGAGUAUACAGGUACACCGUACAAUUGUAUGACACCAGCUGCAGAACCAGAGGAAUUAAGACAAUGUCCUUUGCCAGCAUUGAGCUGGGCCAAUGCCUAUGAUGUUUGGCAGCUGAUGUGCAAAAAGGAUCAACAAGCAGCUUGUUUGCGUUCGGGUUCAAUGCUAAAACGUCAUCCCAGUUUGCAGCCUCGUAUGCGUGCCAUUCUUUUAGAUUGGUUAAUUGAAGUGUGCGAAGUGUACAAACUGCAUCGGGAGACAUAUUAUUUGGCAGUUGACUACUUGGAUCGUUAUCUCAGCGCACAAGAGAAUAUACAGAAGACUCAUUUACAAUUGAUUGGAAUAACUUGCCUUUUUGUAGCAGCAAAAGUUGAAGAAAUUUACCCACCUAAAAUUGGGGAAUUCGCCUAUGUGACAGAUGGCGCUUGCCAGGAAUCAGAUAUAUUGCAACAUGAAGUGCUUUUACUUCAAACGCUCGAGUGGAGUAUAAAUCCGGUUACUCCAAUGGGCUGGCUGGGUGUUUACAUGCAGUUAAGCGUGAAUAAUAGAACGCCUGCGUCACUUAAGCGUAGUUUUAACAACCACAAAUCCGCCUCAUCAGCAGAUGAUGCAGAUAUUAGCGAUGCAUUCAUUUAUCCACAAUUUUCGGGAAUGGAAUUUGUACAAACUGCUCAAUUAUUAGACCUUUGUUCACUGGAUUUGAGCAUCGCAGAUUAUGGUUAUUCCAUUAUUGCCGCAGCAGCCAUGAGUCACACCUUCAAUAGAGAGAUUGCAUUGCGCUGUUCUGGAUAUGAUUGGCAAACGAUUGAACCGUGUGCACGAUGGAUGAAACCAUAUUUCGAAAUUGUGCGUGAAGAGUCUACAUAUCUCUCAUUAAUGGAGCAAAACGAUCAAGUAACAAAUCGCUUUGGUUUAAGUCAUAUUUGUCCGAAUAUUAUAACAGAUGAUUCACAUAUAAUACAAACACAUACAAUAUCAAUGGGAAUGUUUGAUCGUGUCGCUCAACUGCAAGAACAUAUUUUAUCUGUCAAAAGCAGAACGGAGGCAUCACCUGCUACGGGCUUAUUAUAUCCGGAGGGCUUGUUGACACCACCAGCGUCUAGUCGGAAACCAGUUGACUCAACAGAUGUCGAGGAGGAUCGUGAUCCGAAGUCCGUUGAACGGAAAAAUAACACGACAGCAACUGUUGCAACAACAAUUAACCCAACCAAAUCUAAAAACUCACCAAACAACGUUGUUAAUGUCAGUGUAGAAACACAUGCACUUACGCAAACCUCAAGAAAAUAUACAUAGUAUGUCAUAAGGCUCUUAAACAGUCUAAUCAAGUAAAUUACUUAAAACGUUAGAAAACACUAUAUAUAUACAAUUUAUUGUUAAAAUAAUAAUUAAUUAUUACUAGACGUUAAGCAUUUAGCAAA